AUGGCUCAAUCUAGUCCAAUACUGUCACAGCUCUCUGCCACAGUUGCUGCUGGCACAAUCUUGGUGUCUUUGAUAUCGUACAUAGCGGCUAGGCUCCUUUACAAUAUAUACUUUCACCCUUUGGCACAGUUUCCAGGUCCUUGGUAUGCCACCGCGACCUCCCUGACAGAUGCGAUCAUUUCGCUUCGCAAAGCUGAGCCUGCAUGGCUCCUCGGGCUGACCAAGAAAUACGGCACUGAUAGACCGAUUCGUAUUGCACCCAGAACUUUGCUUUUCGCUUCCUCGUCAUCGCUGAAAGAUAUCUACUGGGACGCGAGAAUGAAUUUCAAAUCCGAGCUCUAUGGUACUGGUGCUCUUGGACCCCCAUCACUUUUUGAUACACGUGAUGGUAAAAUUCAUCAACAGCUACGUAAAGCGUUAGGGGGUAACCAGUGGUCCAUUGGCUCUCUCAAAAACUUUUGGGAACCGAAGUUUGACCAGCACAUCAGUCUGUUCCUCCAAAAGAUGACAGAUAUUGCCAAUGCGAAACAGGAGACAAUAUUGUCUGACAGAGUGGCUGAGUUUGCUGCCGAUAUCAUGACAAUGGUGUCAUUCUCUGAACCAUGGGGCUUCGUCAGACAUGGGCGCGACGAGCGAGGGAUACUCCAUUCCUGGCGGCUUGGUCUUCCGUUCUUUGGCCUUGUUGGACGAUGGAGAUGGUUCCGUCAGAACAUUAUCGCGAAUCCUAAUCUGGCACACUAUCUCCUACCUGCAAUGAGUGACAAGCAGGGUAUGGGCUACCUAUACGCCCAAGCUAACAGGGAAGUUGACCAUAGAGAGAUGAGAAUGAAGGCGGAGGGAGAAUCGUUCUACAUGGAAAGACCAGACUUUCUACAACAUUGCCUUGACGCCCGUCACCCGUUGACCGGAUUGCCCCUGACUGCUGUCCAGAAGAGGGCUCACGUGACACUACUGAUCCAAGCUGGCGCUGAUACAACCGCUACUGCUCUUGGGAGUACACUUCGCUUUCUUCUAUUGAACCCUCGGAUAUUGAGGAAAGCACAGGAGGAGAUCGGAAUGGCAGAUCGAGAAGGGAAGCUUAGCAACCCCAUUGCUUACGAAGAAUCACGCCGACUUCUGCCUUAUAUGGGUGCAUGUAUAAAGGAAGCACUACGACUCAACCCGCCGGCUCCGAAUCAGUUCGGUCGGGUCACUCCGGAAGGCGGCAAGACGAUUGAUGGUCAUCGAAUCCCCCCGCUUGUCGACGUGACCACAGUUUCAUAUAUCGUUCAGAGAGAUCCAAAGCUGUAUGCUCCUGAUCCGGAGUCAUACCGGCCAGAACGUUGGAUCGACGCGGAAGCUGUGAAGCUAGCCGAAAUGGAAUCUAGCCAAUUCGUGUUCGGCAUGGGACCACGAGUGUGUCUCGGCAAGGAUAUUGCGAUAAUGGAAUUAUGGAAGCUUCUUCCAGAGAUAAUCCGCAAUUUUGAAUUCGAGCUCCUUGACAUUGGCAGGUAUAUUGUGGCAGGGGGUGUUGCAUAUAACUAUGGUUUGAAG